AUAUCCAAACAUUUCAGGGCACAGAAAGAAAGGAAACUGGAUGGCUUCUUCAGGAGAUCAAUGAUCAUAGCAAUGAAUGCAUGACAGGUCUCUUGUAUGUCAUUACAAACCUGACAUUUUUAAGGAGACAGUGUACAAUUUUCAAUGUAUGCUGAACAAAAAUAUAUACCCAACAUGUGAAGUGUUGGUCUCAUGUUUCAUGAGCUGAAAUAUAAGAUCUCAGGAAUGUUCCAUAUGCACAAAAAGCUAAUUUAUCUCAAAUGUUGUGUACACAUGUGUUUACAUACCUAUUAGUGAGAAUUUCUCAUUUCCCAAGAUAAGCCAUCCACCUGACAGGUGUGGCAUAUCAAUAAACUAAUUAAACAGCAUGAUCAUUGUGCUGGGGACAAUAAAUGGUCACUCUAAAAUGUGCAGUUUUAUCACACAACACAAUGCCACAGAUGUAUCAAGUUUUGAUGGAGCGCGCAAUUGGCAUGCUGACUGCAGGAAUGUCCACCUGAGCUGUUGCCAGAGAAUCUAUUGUUCAUUUCUCUACCAUAAGCCACCUCCAACAUAAUUUUAGAGAAUUUGGCAGUACGUCCAACUGGCCUAACAACCGCAGACCACGUGUAACCACAGCAGCCCAGGACCUCCACAUCCAGCUUUUUCACCUGCGGGAUCAUCUGAGACCAACCACCUGAACAGCUGAUGAAACUGAGUUUGCACAACCGAAGAAUUUCUGCGCAAACUGCCAGGAACCGUCUCAGCCGAAGCUGUGCUCUUCAUGGAUGAAACCCAGUUUCAGCUGUACUGGGCAGUUGGCAGACGGUGUGUAUGGCUUUGUGUGUGCGACAAGUGCUACCAACUUAUUUAUAUAUAUGUUUUUGUUUUUGCGCUGCCUGCUCAUCAACAUUUUCUGGUGCGGUUGUUUUUCUAACAUUCCUUUAUUGCCUAGUCAAACUCUGGCAAAAUAUCAUCAAAUCAGAUAGGGCUAGUCAUAGUUCAAGUCUUUGAGACAAAUAAGCCAAUCUGAGUGCUAGGGCGUGACAGACAAUCCAGUCAGAGGCACUCAGUAGCAGUUAUUUUGGUCUGUCUUCACCUAAAGGAUUCUGUUGCUUUAUCAGGUAAGAGAGGACGACAGAUGGUGUUUAUGCAUGUAUCAACAAUCAAAGUUGAUUUCAAGAAAUAGAAAUGGAAAGUUAAAAUAAGAAAGCAUAUUAACUUAGGAAAGUUGUGUAGCCUCUUUAUCCAUUUUUUGACUUACAAAUGUAUUAUAUAUAUAUAUAAAAACAUGAAUUCUUAAAGAAUAUAACUGAUAAAUGUAUCAUGGGGGGAAUUCCGACCUGAGUUAAGAACUAGUAAAUGGAAUGGAAUUCCCUUUUUAUGCACUUUUCUCUCUCUGGACCUUGAACUUAAGUAUGAGAAUAGCAUACUAUUCACUAGCUAUUUGUUGGCAGUGGAGAUCGAAUCAAUGAAGGUGUGGCAGAUGUGUGUCUACAGAUAUACCGUAAUCUGAAUUUGACUUUACAGGUGAGGAAGCCAUGAGUAAGGUCAAGCAACCUGUCAGUUCCAAGUGCAUUUAAUUUUCUCCAGAUCGAAAUAACACCAUUCUCCAUGCACAGAAAUGUAUAAAUUGACAAUUGCUAUUGAUAAGAACUAUAGAGCAUUGGGAAAGUAUUCUGACCCCUUGACAUUAUCCAUAUUUAGUUACCUUAUAGCCUUUUUUCUCUCAUCAAUCUACACCAAAUACCCCAUAAUGAAACAGGAUUUUAUACAUUUUUACACGUUUAUUUAAAAAGAAGGAACAUGUAAAUAUCACAUUUACAUAAGUAUUCAGACCUUUUACUCAAUACUUUGUUGAAGCACAUUUGGCAGCGAUUAUAGCCUCGAGUCUUCUUGGGUAUGACAUUACAAGCUUGGCACACCUUUAUUUGGGGAGUUUCUCCCAUUCUUCUCUGCAGAUCCUCUCAGGCGCUAUCAGGUUGGAUGGGGAGCGUUGCUGGACAGCUAUUUUCAGGUCUCUCCAGAGAUGUUCGAUCAGGGUCAAGUCCGGCCUCUGGCUGGGCCACUCAAGGACAUUCAGAGACUUGUCCCAAAGCCACUCCUGCAUUGUCUUGGCUGUGUGCUUAGGGUCAUUGUACUGUUGGAAGGUGUACGUUUGCCCCGGGCUGAGAUCCUGAGAUUUCUGGAGCAGCUUUCCAUCAAGGAUGUCUCUGUACUUUGCUCUGUUAAUCUUUUCCUCGAUCCUGACUCGUCUCCCGGUCCCUGCAGCUGAAAAACAUCACCACAGCAUGAUGCUGCCACCACCAUGCUUCACCGUAGGGAUGGUGCCAGGUUUCCUCCACACGUAACACUUGGAAUUCAGGCCGAAGAGUUCAAUCUUGGUUUAAUCAGACCAGACAAUCUUGUUUCUCAUGGUCUGAGAGUCUUUAGGUGCCUUUUGGCAAACUCCAAGCGGGCUGUCAUGUGCCUUUUACUGAGGAGUGGCUUCCGUCUGGCCACUCCCAUAAAAGCCUGAUUGGUGGAGUGCUGCAGAGAUGGUUGUCCUUCUGGAAGGUUCUCCCAUCUCCACAGAGGAAAUCUGGAGCUCUGUUAGAGUGAACAUUGGGUUCUCGGUCACCUCCCUGACCAAGGCCCUUCUCCCCCAUUUGAUAAAUUUGGCCUGGCGGCCAGCAUCAGGAAGAGCCUUGGUGGUUCCAAACAUCUUCCAUUUAAGAAUAAUGGGGGCCAUCCACUGUGUUCUUGGGGACCUUCAUAGCUGUAGUAAUGUUUUGGUACCCUUCCCCAGACUUGUACCUCAACACAAUCCUGUCUCAGAGCUCUACGGACAAUUCCUUCAACCUCAUGGCUUGGUUUUUGCUCAGGUAUUUACUGUCAACUGUGGGACCUUAUACAGUAUAUAACCUUAUAUAGCCUUUCCAAAUCAUGUCCAAUCCAUGACAUUUACCACAGGUGGACUUCAAUCAAGUUGUAGAAACAUCUCAAGGAUGAUCAAUGGAAACAAAAUGCACCUGAGCUCAAUUUUUUUAUUUUUUUUUAUACAGUUGCACAAAUUUCUUAAAACCUGUUUUCAUUUUGUCAUUAUAGGAUAUUGAGUAUAGAUUGAUGAGGAAAAUAUAUAAUUUAAUACUUUUUAGAAUAAGACUGUAACGUAUCAAAAUAUGGAAAAAGUCAAAGAGUCUGAAUAGGUUCCGAAGGCACUGUAGGUAAAUUAGUAAUCCGUUUGGAUAAGGGGUUUGUAAAUAUGAAUGACAAUUGUUUUAUAUCUAUUUUACCUUAUGAUCGCUGGAAAGAAAUGUGAAACAGUCAUGGAAACAAACUAAAAAGCAUGUCAACACGACAGGUAUUUAUUCCCCUUUCCCACAGUAAAGUAUGAAAUGCGGUGCCGUUAUGAAGAAUUUAAAUUGUAUGUCCCAAGCUACAGUAGCGCCGAAACUACCAAGUAAUUUCUGCGCUCGAGAAUGUUUGAAUUACCGUAACACUUGAAUGAAAUACAGUCUCAAAUCACUGCCUAUCCCACAUUAGGCAUAUACUAUGAUUCGAUGAACAAUAACAUUUCAUAUAAAGAUAAAUAUGGAAGGUUAAAAAGCAAGCCUAUCUUGGGAAAGAUAUGUAUAGCCUCUGUAAUUAAAACUACUUCAAGAUCGGUGUCCCGUCCACGGGACGGUUUAGCUAACGUAGGCUAAUGUGAUUAGCAUGAGGUUAUAAGAAACCAAAAAAAUCCCAGGACAUAGACAUCUGAUAUGGGCAGAAAAGCCUCUAUAAGGCAUAUUGAUAGAACUGACCUUUUUCUGAGACAGCUUAUUUUGUCUGUUCAGUCAAUUAAAAGUGUGAAUAAAAAUGCAUUAAACCCUGAAGAAUUUAUAAUGCACUAACAUAAUAAAUUGUUUGAAGCAUCUAGCCCAAGGGUAAACUUUUUGUCUCGAGGGCCACAUCGGGAUUUCGAAAUUCAAAGGAGAGCCGCACAGAUUUAUUACAUGGAAACGGUGGCACCAACACUGGGAGGACUUUGUACCCAUCAUUCAUUAUUACUGUGUUACUUUUAUGACUGGGAGAAAUAAAGGGGCAAUAUGUAGUUCAAACAAUUACAUACCAGGAACCCCCGCCACUGUUUUGGUUAACAGCUGAUGGAUAGGGCUGGAAAAAAUGUAACCACUCUCAAAUAGACACAUCUAUAGACAGUGCUACCAAGAAACAUCCAGCGCUAUGAUGGCCCUCUGCUGCAGAGGACAAGUUCAUUAGAGUUACCAGCCUCAGAAAUUGCAGCCCAAAUAAAUGCUUCACAGAGUUCAAGUAACAGACACAUCCCAACAUCAACUGUUCAGAGGAGACUGUGUGAAUCAGGCCUUCAUGGUCAAAUUUCUGCAAAGAAACCAAUACUAAGGGACACUAAUAAGAAGAAGAGACUUGCUUGGGCCAAGAAACACAAGCAAUGGACAUUAGACCAGUGGAAAUCUGUUCUUUGGUCCAAAUUUUAGAUUUUUGGUUCCAACCGCUGUGUCUUUGUGAGACUCAGAGUAGAUGAACAGAUGAUCUCUGCAUGUGUGGUUCCCACAGUGAACCGUGGAGGAGAUGUGGGGCUGCUUUGCUGAUGACACUGUCAAUUAUUUAUUUAGAAUUCAAGGCACACUUAACCAGCAUGGCUACCACAACAUUCUGCAGCAAUACGCCAUCCCAUCUGGUUUGUGUUUAGUGGGACUAUAAUUUGUUUUUCAACAGGACAAUGGCCCGUAAACACCUCCAGGCUGUGUAAGGGCUAUUUGACCAAGAAGGAGAGUGAUGGAGUGCUGCAUCAGAUGACCUGGCCUCAACCCAAUUACAAUGGUUUGGGAUGAGUUGGACUGUAGAGUGAAGGAAAAGCAGCCAACAAGUGCUCAGCAUAUGUGGGAACUCCUUCAAGACUAUUGGAAAAGCAUUCCAGCUGAAGCUGGUUGAGAGAAUGCCAAAAGUGUGCAAAGCUGUCAUCAAGACAAAGGGUGGCUACUUUGAAGAAUCUAAAAUAUAUUUUAAUUGGUUUAACACUUUUUUGGUUACUACAUGAUUCCAUGUGUUAUUUCAUAGUUUUGAUGUCCUCACUAUUCUACAAUUUAGCAAAUAUUAAAAAAUAAAGAAAACCCCUUGAAUGAGUAGGUGGGUCCAAACUUUUGAAUGGUACUGUAUGUUACAGCACUUUGGUUUCACUAAUAAAUAUGUUCAACUGCGGCCUCCCGAGUGGCACAGUGGUCUAAGGCACUGCAUCGCAGUGCUAGCUGUGCCACUAGAGAUUCUGGGUUCGAGCCCAGGAUUCGUUGCAUGCCGGCCACGACCGGGAGGCCCAUGCGUCAGGGAUAUCCUUGUCUCAUCGCGCACUAGCGACUCCUGUGGCGGGCUUAGCGCAGUGCACGCUGACACUGUUGCCAGGUGUACGGUGUUUCCUCCGACACAUUGGUGUGGCUGGCUUCCGGGUUGGAUGGGUAUUGUGUCAAGAAGCAGUGCGGCUUGGUUGGGUUGUGUUUCGGAGGACGCAUGGCUCUUGACCUUCACCUCUCCCGAGGCCGUACGGGAGUUGCAGCGAUGGAUACCAUGAAAUUGGGGUAAAAUAAUAAAAAUAUCUCUAUUUUGAACUGGAACCAAAGUACCGUAUCUGAUUCUGUCUUUUGUAAUUUUAAAAUAGGAUAGAUGGGCUAUAUGGUCUACUACUGUAUAGGUCAAAUGUGAUAGUCCGCCUAUAACCAGCCUGAGUAGGCCUAUAACUAAAUUCCUAUUCUAUUCAAAGUUUAGAGAAAUUAAUCAAAUUUUAAAUUAGCUAUAAUCAGGGUGGUUAAUGCGGGUCAAUGUGAAGAAAAAUCCACCUGCACUCGGCCUCGCCUCACCUAAGCCAAUCAAGAGGUACUUCUGCGUUGCCUCUUUGGCGUACGACUAACUUUUUACUUAACAGUACGUGUUAAAAUGAAUAGACGAUGAGUAAACAGUAUGCAGUUUAAGUAUCUAGUACGCUAUGAUGGGUAUUUUACAUUGCCUGUGUCUUCUUUCAGGUCUGUGUGCUUCUCUCACAAUGGACUUUAAAGAAUUGAUCAGUGUCAUUAUCAUUACCAGUAUCGGUUCAAUUAUCCCCUACACCCAUAUUUUUAUAGUUAUCCCCUUGGUCCACUUUGUCAUAGGUGCUGAGUGCUUCAAUGACUGCCCUGUUAUGUUCUUCAUCCCUAUCUACCUGAUAGGGUUGGGAUGUUUUUAUGUGGUCCUGGUGUUACUGUCUAUGUUUAUGGCCAUCAAAGACUGUCAAGGGUUCUGCUCAUGGGUCAUAUCGAUCAGUCUGCUCAUUCUGAUGUUCUGCCUCUUUGCUGGUAGUGGGGUUGUUUUCUCUGUAUUUCAAACAACAAGCUACAACCCGACCCUCAGCGACGGGAGCUCCAACCAGACCAUUGCCAACGAGAGCUACAACCAUACCUUCUGCAGUGGGAGCAACAACCAGUCCAUCACCAACCCAGAGUACUGCAACAAAACUCUAUACCUGUUUGCAUUCUCUACCUCUCUGAUAUGGAUCCUAAUGGUUGUUCUGUUAACGGUUGGCCUCAAGUUCUAUGGCUGCGUCAGAAUUGAGAUGAUCUUUAAGAGCUUGGGGUUGUGGUUGUUAGGUCAUGAUCCUAUUUAUUUGUGUUUCGGAGAGUCCACUAUAUAAUAAGAAACGGUAGUCAUACUCAUAUGGAGGCUAUUAUGAAAGGCAGCCCACAGGUGCUUUAGUUGAUUGUUAAAUCUUUGGGUUACAUUUUUGGAGGAUGAGAACAUCUUCAGAGAACUUGACCAAUUAAAAGUGGAUAGAAAGUAUUAAUGGACCUGUAUACCUUUUUAAAUAAUUUAAUUCAAAACGAUUAGAGGAAAAAGUGUUUAUUUACAGUUGUGCUUUCAUUCUUUGUACUCUACCUUUUUGAUUCAAAAUUAAGCCAGUUAGAGAAAUUGUUUGAUAGUGUGUAAAGUGAAUGGGUCAUGCAGUUUGACAUACUUUAUCACAAAAAGGGACAAUCAACUACACCACCACUUUCAAUCUAUGCGCUUGAUAUCUGACCAACAGAUCACUGACCAUUUCGAAUCCCACCGUACCUUCUCCGCUGUGCAAUCCAGUUUCCGAGCUGGUCACGGGUGCACCUCAGCCACCCUCAAGGUACAAAACGAUAUCAUAACCGCUAUCGAUAAAAGACGGUACUGUGCAGCCAUCUUCAUCGACCUGGCCAAGGCUUUCGACUCGGUCAAUCACCGUAUUCUUAUCGGCAGACUCAACAGCCUUGGUUUCUCAAAUGACUGCCUCGCCUGGCUCACCAACUACUUCUCAGACAGAGUUCAGUGUGUCAAAUCGGAGAGCCUGUUGUCCGGACCUCUGGCAGUCUCUAUGGGGGUACUGUCAGGACCCGGUUACGAACCUGGGUCUCCGGAGUGAGAAACAGUCACUUAACCAACUGAGCCACGAAUAGUCAGCAGAACCCAGAAGAUGAGGCAGACACAGCAGAACUUAAGACGGUGUAUUUAAUAAAGUAAAAAAAAGGAGAAGUCCUUCAAUACAAAAAAAAUGGCAAAUCCAAAAGGUGGUAGGAAUAGCACAAAAAAGCCUCAAGAGAUACUCAAGAACAAAAACAGAAUUCCACAAGAGCAUCCACCGGAAUCGACAAGAAUACACAGAACACUAGGGCUGGGUGCUAACAUACAAACACAGAGCACAGAACUGAGGGAAACUAAGGGUUUAAAUACAAUCAGGGUAAACGAGGCACAGGUGCAAAUAAUAAUGGGGAACAAGGGAAAAAACAUAAGGACAAAAAGCACAAUGGGGGCAUCUAGUGACCAAAACCCGGAACAACCCUGGCCAAAUCCUGACAGAAUCCCCCCCUAGGAACGGCUCCUGACGUUCCUACCAGCUCUCUCAGGGUGGAGGGCCCUGAACUGACGAAUGAGGUCAGGGUCCAGGAUGUCUUUGGCAGGAACCCAGGAGCGCUCAUCGGGACCGUAGCCUUCCCAGUCCACCAGAUACUGCCAGGACCGCUGCACCCGGCGGAAUCCAGUAUCCGAUGGACGGUAUAAGCCGGCUGGCCUCCAAUGACACGAGGCGGAGGGGGAGGUCUGUCUGCCGGGACAAGGGGAGAAAAACAACAGGUUUUAACAAUGAAAUGUGAAAUGUGGGAUUAAUCUUAAGGGAUCUGGGUAAGUGUAGGCGAUAAGAAACUGGGUUAACUCUCCUGGCAACCUUGAAGGGACCGAUGUAUUUUUGGGACAGCUUGCGAGACUCCACCCGUAGAGGUAAGUCUCUUGUGGAGAGCCAGACUCUCUGGCCGGGGCGCAGGGUAGGCCCGGGACGGCGACGUCUGUUGGCUUGUUGUUGGUACCUCUGUGAGGAACGCAUAAGAUUAAGACGGGUCUUCCUCCACAUAAGCCGGCAGCGUCUGACGAACUUCAAGGCUGAAGGCACUCUGACUUCUGCCUCCUGGUCCGGGAACAAUGGAGGAGCAUAGCCAAACUGACACUCGUGCGGGGACAUACCAGUGGAGGAGGAGCGCAAGGUGUUGUGCGCGUAUUCGGCCCAAACAAUAAAGGAUGACCAUGUGGACGGGUUGUCACGAGUCAUACAUCGGAGGGUGGUUUCCAGCUCUUGAUUCAUCCUCUCUGUUUGGCCGUUGGACUCCGGAUGGUACCCUGAAGAUAGACUGGCAGAAGCCCCCAUGAGUUGGCAGAAGGCCUUCCAAAACCUUGAGGCGAACUGGGGACCUCUGUCAGAA